AUGAUUAAGGGAAUAGCAUCUUCUGGAAAAGUUGUGUACAUAACAGCUACUUUCCCAUAUAUCGUUCUUGUCAUAUUCUUCUUUAGAGGGAUCACCUUAAAGGGUAUGAGCGAUGGUCUCAUACACCUUUUUACUCCAAAGUGGCAUACGAUUUUAGACCCUGUGGUGUGGCUGGAAGCCGGAACUCAAAUAUUCUUCUCCCUUGGCCUAGCAUUCGGCGGCCUCAUAGCUUUCUCUUCGUAUAAUCCAGUAGAUAACAAUUGCUACCGAGACGCGAUUAUGGUCUCAAUGACGAACUGCUUAACGUCCAUGUUCGCUGGAAUCGUGGUGUUCUCGAUCAUUGGUUUCAAAGCUACUAUGAUCUAUGAGAAAUGUUUGAGCGUGAGGAAUGAAACUCUAUUGGAAGUGUUCGGUUCUUCGUAUAGAUCCAUAGUGUUUCCCGAGGAAGGGCAACCGGUGACUGUCGAUUUGAACGGCAAUUUAACAACUAUCUUGAUGCCCCAUUUACCUGAGUGCGACCUGCAAAAGGAAUUGGAUAAUACCGCAUCAGGCACCGGCCUAGCCUUUAUAAUAUUCACGGAGGCUAUCAAUCAGUUCCCAGGAGCUCAGUUCUGGUCCGUCCUGUUCUUUCUCAUGUUGUUCACGCUGGGCAUUGACUCCCAGUUCGGAACAUUAGAGGGAGUCGUGACCUCUAUUGUGGACAUGAAACUCUUCCCCAAUCUUCGCAAGGAGUAUCUAACUGGUGGAUUAUGCCUGGUCUGCUGUCUACUGUCCAUGGGUUUCGCUCAUGGCGCCGGCAGUUAUAUUUUCCUGCUCUUCGACAUGUACAGUGGAAACUUUCCGUUGCUGAUUAUUGCAUUUUGCGAGUGCAUUGGGAUCGCUUACGUAUAUGGUGUUAAAAGAUUCGCGGACGACAUAGAGCUGAUGACCGGGCGCAGACCUGGCAUCUACUGGUUGAUCUGCUGGAAGUACUUAUCGCCGUUAGCAAUGCUCUGCAUCCUCAUAUCAUCGUUUGCCGAACUGGCUGUAGAAGGGGCUGGUUAUGAUGCGUGGAUUGCUUCUGAGGGAGAUACCGUGAGGAAACCGUGGCCCGUGUGGGCUGUACUGCUGGUGCUCGUGCUUGUGCUGGCUUCUGUAUUGUGGAUACCGGCACUUGCUAUUUGCAGAUAUUUCGGCAUACCGAUUAUAGAAGACGAAGAACGUGCAUGGUUCCCGGCGGAUGACUUGCGCGACUUCCACGGAAUCGAACCCCGACCCGUCUCAAGAGUAGAGACCCUCCUGUUCUGCACACGACCUGAUGGAUCAGAGGGUUGUUGUUGGCCUGGAUGCUGUGAAACUGACGACGAGGAAUAG